AUGAAGGCCAACACCAUUUACAGUUUGGCUUUGGCUUUUGCCAUCACGCCAGCGCUCUCCGCAGUCAUCGGCAACAACGUCACCCCACGCGACAAUCUCCCCAAGCGGCUUAUCAACGACCACCAUGAGUUCCCCGACAAGGUCAAGUGUCCCAAGACGGACGCCGGCGAUGAGUUUGAGUUUAAGCAAGACCAGAUGGAGAAGACGGCCGAUGAGUGGAAGGACAUCAUCAACGAUAAGCAGAGAAUCGGCGGCGAGAAGCAGGGAGGGUAUCCCGCCCGGUACGCACUUGGCAGCCCGAACGGCAAUGCGAACGCCCAGGCCUUCUGGGCCAACACCCAGAAGAUGCAGUUCUCGGACGACUGCCUGAAAGGCUGGAUGUGGGAGGUGCCUCUGCUGGAUAGCGGCAACGUCUGGAGCACCGACGGCAACAAUGGCGACGCUGGGCCGUAUCGUCUCUACUUCCUGGCCAAAGACGGCGAGCUCACUUACUGUGGAUCUGCUAUCCACGCCAGUAACGACCCUACCAAAGGCAGCGAGUUCGAGCGUUGCGAAGCAGACGACUAA